AUGAAACAGGUCAAUUUCCUACCGUUUUUUCUUGGACUUUUGGCUUGGGCGUGUGUCUCCUGUGUGAAGGCUGAAGACCCAUAUAGAUUUUUUACUUGGGUAGUUACAUAUGGACAAAUUUCUCCUCUUGGGGUUUCACAAAGGGGAAUACUUAUCAAUGGGCAAUUUCCAGGCCCAAUCGUUAACUGUGAAACCAAUGACAAUAUCAUUAUUAAUGUCAUUAAUAAGCUGGAUGAGCCUUUCCUUAUCACAUGGAACGGCAUCAAACAGAGAAAGACCUCAUGGCAAGAUGGAGUUCUGGGGACAAACUGUCCAAUUCCACCAAAAUCGAACUGGACAUAUCAUAUGCAAGUGAAAGAUCAGAUUGGAACCUUCUCUUACUUCCCUUCAACAGUGAUGCAUAGAGCUGUUGGUGGUUUUGGGGCAUUCAAUAUCCUAGCAAGGCCUGUGAUUUUUGUCCCAUAUCUUAAACCUGCUGCGGAAUUCACUCUACUUGUCAGCGACUGGUGGACAUAUGAUCACAAGGCACUACAACAGGUACUCGACUCAGGGAAAUCUUUUCCUAAGCCCAAUGGUCUCCUUAUUAAUGGAAGUCCUCGUGCUACUUCUUUCACUGGUCGAAAAGGUCAACGUUACUUGUUUAGGGUGUCAAAUGUGGCCUUGACAACUUCAAUAAAUUUUAGGAUCCAAGGCCAUACAUUGUCUUUGGUUGAAACAGAAGGAGCUCAUACCCUGCAUGAAUCAUAUGAAUCAUUUGAUCUUCAUGUCGGUCAAUCAGCUUCUUUCUUGGUCACCCUACAAGCUCCUUCAAAAGAUUAUUUCAUCGUGGCUUCAACUAGAUUUACAAAGCCUGUACUUACUGCUACUGGAAUUCUUCAUUAUGAUGGCUCCACUGCCAAAGCUUCUUUGCCAUUGCCUAUUGCGCCUACAUAUCAGAUUCACUGGUCAAUGAAGCAGGCCAGGACAAUCAGAUGGAACUUGACAGCAAAUGCAGCAAGACCCAACCCUCAAGGUGCAUUUCACUUUGGAACGAUCCCAGUAGCUAGGACACUCGUGCUUGCUAAUUCAAAAGCUAAGAUUAAUGGGAAGCUUCGGUAUGCUGUGAAUAAGGUGUCACACGUCAACCCAGCCACCCCACUGAAGCUUGCUGACUUUUAUAACAUUCCUGGAGUCUACAAACUAAACUCAAUCAAAGAUAGACCUUCUCCUGGUCCGAUAACUCUUGCCCCAUCUGUACUUGGUUUUGCUCUUCAUGAUUUUGUUGAAAUCGUCUUCCAGAACAAUGAGAACUCUAUUCAAUCAUGGCAUCUUGAUGGUUAUGAUUUCUGGGCUGUUGGAUUUGGUGGUGGGCAAUGGAAUUCAACACUAAGGAAAAAAUUCUACAAUCUGAACGACGCUACUACACGACACACAGUCCAGGUUUAUCCGAAAUCUUGGAGUGCAAUAUUGGUUUCGUUGGACAACAAGGGUAUGUGGAAUUUGAGAUCGACGACUUGGCCAAGGCAGUAUUUGGGACAACAAUUGUAUGCUCGAGUGUGGAACGACGAGAAGAGUCUUUACACCGAAUACGAUGCACCCGAAAACGUGUUGCGGUGCGGAAAGGCACGCAAGUAGAAAAACGAUGUCACUUAGAAUUGUUGCAGUUUUUAUUCUCUCCUUAGUUACGAGGGUGUAACCAUGGGCAUGUAGGAGAACAAAAAUAAUUACGAUUUCAUUUGUGUUCAAAUUGUUUCUAU